CUUCACUUUCUCUCUACUAAUUUUUCUUCAUUUUCCUUUCUUUAGGUGAAUAAGCAUUUGAAGCAAAUGGAGAAUGUAAAUAAAGAAUUCCCAUCGGUUGAGAAUGCACAGAUGACUGGACAUAAGGAUUCUCAAGGUCGUCCACUAGACUCUAACAUGGCCCAGAAGAAGUUGAGAAGAUUAAUGGCAAGUAGAGAGUACUCUCAGAAGUAUCGUAUGAAGCAACUCCACUAUAUUCUGCAACUUGAAACUGAAGUGAAAGCUCUCCAAGCUGAAGUUUCCAUUAUCUCUCCAAGAAUUAAGUAUGUCGAUCGUCAGAAUUCUUUACUACGAGUGGAAAAUGGGUCAAUAAAACAUAGGCUUUCUACCUUUUCUAGUGACCUUAUGAUCAAAGAAGCUCAAUAUGGGGAACUGAAGAAGGAAAGGGACAUCUUGAAACAAUUUUAUGUGGUGAAUCAACAACAAUUCCCUGAGUAUUUCAACGCAAUACCAACUACUACUGGGAAUUUUUUGCAGUUUGGGAGCCUCUUACGUUUUUAGUCCUUUUACGGGACUUUAAGAACAAUGGCUAAUAAGAAAUUGAGUCAUGAAUAAACAUGUACUUUAUUCAUUUAUCUGUUUCUUUGUCGUGUGUUUCAUGUACUUUUCUAUCUUGGAUUUAUUUCUUUUGUAUGUUGGAUGUGCUUUCUAUUUUGAUUUAUUUGAAUGUAAUAGUGGAACUAUUAAAUGGAGAAGUUUUAAAUUUUGAUU